CAGUUACGCAAACACACACACACAAACACACAUACACACAACACACUGCCUCUUAUUUUAGUUUUUAAAAAGCGUAUUUCGUAAUGACAAGUUAUUUAGUGUUUUUGAAUUUCUUUCUCUCCCUACAUUUUUAAUCAACCUUUAAUUGAGCAAAUGUGUAUUGACAAAUCGCGUGGAUAAAGUACCGGGUUCCCGCACAGUAAAUCAUAGAGAAAGAGUGCAGAGCUGCGCUGAGAUACAAGUAAAGAACAGAACUGUUCAUCUUCAUGGGUAGAAAUAAAGCUCUGAGGCAGAGGAUCCAUUACUGGGCAUAUUCUAAUAUUUUAUAAUUAUAAUUCCACACACGUUACGGACCACAUUAAAUCAAAUGCAUCUCGAUGGUUGAAAAGUUUCUUAUUUUUUAACAAUACCUUAAACUGAGUGUGUUCUGUUUUUUGGUAAACUUGAAAAAAAAAAUGGUGUGAGACAGUGUACAUGUAAUCCACCCCCCCAAACACACACACCCCACCCCCUACUCCGCCGACACACACACAUCCCUGACCCAUACAGCUUAUGGUAUUCAAUUAUGUGGUCAAACGCGAUGUGUUCCUGAACCACGGUCAAUUAUUGGCUGUCAGUAAUAAUAGUGAAUGAUGACCUCAUGCAGAACCCCCUCUCCCCCACACCCCCGGACACACACACAGACACACAGACACACACACACACACUCCCUCCUCCCCCGAUCCUCCCCCCGCCGCGUAUUGAUUAGCUGGCUGCGCGAGGAGGGGCCGCACCGAGCAGCUGUGGACAGGAAUUGGGAAACGCUGUAAAUUGUCUAAAAUAUCUUAUGAAAUAGUAAUAGGCCGGUGACCUUAGUCAGCAACCCUGUAGUCAGAAUGAAACUGUUUUUAUUUGUAAAGUCUGUACUGCAACUUUACAAAAUGCACAUUGAACCGACUGAAAAGUUGUAUUUUACAAAAUGCUGAGAACAUUUUGAUCAGUUGUUUCCAUCUUUGAUUAGUUAUACCUUUAACUGUGAGCGCAGUGCCGGUCAACUAUUUCAUUCUGCGAAAAAAAAAAUGCAAUUUGCGUGGUCGUGUGAGUGUUUCCACGGCGCAGCCCCACGCGGUCUCACCGAGGACGUGUCUCUGUCUCGCUCGGUCGGACUGCAAAUCACCCUGUUUACAAUCUCACACCAACACUCACAUCAAUUAACUGACCAUCGAUUUCCCUCCUCGGGACAUCGCAGCGUCGCACACAUCCCUCCUUUUACCGCAUGGCUUUACUGCCGAUGCCAUUUAAACAAAGGAGAAAUUUCCUGUUUAGGAUUUUACUGGUGUUUCUCGUGAAAUAACGAGAAACAAAAAAAAAUCUUCCAUUUCCCUCAUGAUCCUUUGAAUUUAUAUAAUUUCAGGUCUUGUAUUUUUUAAAUAUACGGCAACGUCUCCUCGUUAUGCGCGAUCAUUUCAUCUUUAACAACUUCAUACUUUUUGAUCAGUUACAGUGAGGUUCUGAUGUCUUUGCAGGUGGGUUAUGAUACAUAGUUAUCAGCUGGGUUGUUGUUACUUCUAUACAAGUUAUUAGUGUGACCUUAACAGAAGUAAGCUGGAGGUUUGUCAUCCUCUCCUCUUUUCUCUCUUUCUUCCAUUAAUAAACGAAAGAGCGUCCUAAGUAGGUAUGUGAAGCAGGAGAGCACUAGAUCCAUCUCGCCUGCAGCUGCUCUUUAAAUAUUCAGUGAAAAAUAAUGGCAUCCGAGAGCAUCACCUAUAGUAACAUUAUUAUCUUCAUUCUUCAAAAUCAGCCCAGCUGAUGGCUUCGUUUGUCUUUUCCCCGUAAUAAAUCACACAGACCGCGGCAUGCGUCCUGUGCACCUUCUAAUUCAUUUAUAUUCAAUCUUAUUAUUAUUAUUUAUUAUUAUUUUUAUUAUUAUUAUUAUUAUUAUUAUUACAAGUCUUUUUUUAACCGUAGACAUAUAAUUUUGCCUGGUUGCUAGACAAGUUUUUCCAGGAAUAAUAUACAUGUCAUGCAAGCUGUGUCCACUUUGACAUAUUUACGGGUUUUUGCAAUUUGGUUGGAAUUUUCCGUGCUCUUUUAAUUCCUUUUAAUUAGCUGUUAAGCGCUUAAGUCGAGUUUUUUUUUAAUGUUUCGGAUUUCUGUUUAACAUAAAAACAGAUACACUGCUGGGAACAACGUUUUUAAAAUUAUUCAGUGAGUAAAAACAAGUAUUGUUUCUUCGAGAAACUCCAGAUAUUAACGCGACAUUCCAGUUUUUUUUUUUUUUUUUUUAAUAUUUUCUGUUUAGUUUAUUGUCAGGAUGCAACGUUUCACUGCUUACUGUGAAUGUAUUACGAGUUUGCCGAAACAAAAUAUGUGGUUUUUAAAUAUUAUCAUAUACAAGUGCUGCUAUAUCUAACUUUAAGAAAGAGAGAAUGUAACAUUGCACUGUAAAAUAUAUGUUUAAAAAACUAAUUUUAGUUACAUAAUUAUUAUAUAUAACUGUUCUGUUGAUGGUUUACUGUAAUUUUGGAAAAUAAAACACUUUCAGUUUACAUUGCACGGAGGUAGACCAACUAAACGUGAGAUUUCGAAGUAACACAAGCAAACACAAGACAUCAAAAACCGAAAUUGUGCGGCGCUAUUCCUGUCCAAGUGUAUCGUACUCGCUACUCACACGCACGAGCUCACACGCAACACUCACAUACACGCGCGCACUCGCUCGCAGGACAGGACUCGCGCCCCCGCCGGCCCGACGGAGUGAUCCGCUGACCAAUGGCGUGGCCGGUGGGCGGGGCCCCGCGCUUCUCACACCGCCACACGGGACAGCAGAAGUUUGUUUGCUCGCGGAAUGCCGCGUGCGCCCGAAACGUGUGGCCACCUUGUUUUCCUCCACGGCCGUAAUUACGCGAAGCUCCGUGGGGGGCACCGGACACGUUCCGCGGACCUUCGACAUCCUUCCACCGCCGUUCGGUAUCAAACUAUUUCUCAUUAGUCCGCUUAAGUUUGUCUGUCCCUCCGCCGCAAAGGAAGAGCUGCCGUAGGGCUCCGGAGAGAGUGACCUGUGGCGUUCGGGGGCACCGGCGGGAGACACGUCGGAUAGGCACCGUGGAGAAGCCCCCGAGUGCGCGCGCACGUUCGUGACACUCGAGUGCGAUCUGGACUCGGGCAGCGUGUGACGGCCGGCGGGGCGGACGGAGGGACGCCGCGGGACCGCUACAUUCCAGCAGUAGCGCGGGGAGACGCGUGGAAAAGGGUUAAAGCGCAGAGGCGGCCUUCCCCCCGCCGUGUGGCCCGAGCCAUUGGGCGCCAGCGAAGAGAGACAGGAGUCCCCAGCAAAUCAGCGGCUAAUUGAUUAAAGGGGCUUCAUUUGAAUAGGGGGGCUGGAGAGGUGCCAAUCGCCUCCGAACGACCCCCCCAAGCCCCCCCCUCCCCCCCCUCCUGUAUGAUUAAUCGCUCAGCAUUAUUGAUAAUCAUAAUUAUAGUAGGACACAUGCGCGCCGGAUGGGCUCCGCUCGGACGCGCUCUUUCUGAGAAGGUUUGCGGUAAUUUCCCAUGACUGCGUCCCCGGCUCAUGUGUGAGACACCAUGUCGCGGAGGAAGCAGGCGAAGCCUCAGCACUUCCAGUCGGACCCGGAGCCGGAGCCGCGUCUGGCCUCGGAGGAGCACAAUGGUGAGUCCGAACCCGGGCCAGCGCGGCCACAGUCGGACUCGGACCCCCGCGUCUGCGAGAGCUGUUGUGCCGAGUUCUUUGACCUCACUGAUCUCGAGCAGCACCGGAAGACCUGCACCAAGAAUCAACUGGUCCUGAUAGUUAAUGACAGCCCGCCCUCCCCUUCUGAACCGUUCUCCCCCAGUUCCCCGGCAGAAAACCCCGGUGAGGCAGUCGGCGACGCGGACCGAGGCGACAGCAGCGAUCCUACAGAGCGCAGCCCGCUAGCUGAAGAGGAGUCCAUGGAAGUGGAUGUGCCUGCGGCUCACAGUAGCCACUCCGGCAGCAAAAGCAGCAGCAGCAGCAGCAGCAGCUCCAGCAUCAGCAUCCACAAUCACAGCAGCAGUGGUGGGAGCGAGUCGGGCCCCGCCGUGGCAGCCUCCACCCUUUCAACGCCUCUACCUCAGCUGGGAAACGUGGUCGAACUGGGCAGCCUGUCUGUGAUCAGCAGCAACGUCAUCAUAGAGAACCUGCAGAGUACCAAGGUGGCUGUGGCCCAGUUCUCUCAAGAGGCCCGCUCAGGCAGCACCGGUACCGGUGCCAAGGUGGCUGUUCCGGCCCUGAUGGAGCAGCUCCUUGCCCUGCAGCAGCAGCAGGUGCACCAGCUGCAGCUUAUUGAGCAAAUCCGCCACCAGAUCCUUCUGCUGGCCUCCCAGAGUCCUGAGGCACCUGUGGCCACCAGCUCUGGAGUGGGCACCGUGGGGACCGGUGCCAGCCCGCUGACCGCUCUCAGCUCGCACCUCUCCCAGCAGUUAGCAGCCGCAGCCGGACUGGCACAAAGCCUGGCGAGCCAGUCAGCCAGUAUCAGCAACCUGAGGCAUCUGGCAGGGGCAGCACAGCUACCUCAGGGUAAUACUGGAAACAACGCAGCGAUGCCCCCAGGAGGCCAGUUGUCUCAGAGCGUCAGCGCGCACACAUCAGUGACUCCCAGUGGUCAGGCUUCUGACAAGCGACCCACACAUCCUGGCAGCCUGCACCCUCAGCUCACCAAUCCGUCACUGGCAAAAACGUCUACGGGUGCCUUUGGGAUAGGGAGCCUGUUAAACCCUGCAGCAAAUCCUCUUCUACCUCAGCCUGUCACUGGCAGCCCGCUGUUCCACAGCUCGCUGCCGAGCGUGGGAACAACCAUGGAAGACUUGAGCUCACUGGCUGCCCUGGCUCAGCAGAGGAAAGGCAAGCCCCCCAACGUCACAUCGUUUGAGCCCAAAAGCAGCUCCGAGGAGGCUUUCUUCAAACACAAGUGCAGGUUUUGUGCCAAAGUGUUUGGGAGCGACAGUGCCUUGCAGAUCCACUUGCGGUCUCACACUGGGGAGAGGCCCUACAAAUGCAACAUCUGUGGCAACCGCUUCUCGACCCGUGGCAACCUCAAAGUUCACUUCCAGCGGCAUAAAGAAAAGUAUCCUCACAUCCAAAUGAAUCCCUAUCCUGUCCCUGAACAUUUGGAUAACAUUCCCACAAGCACUGGUAUCCCCUACGGCAUGUCCAUGCCACCAGAGAAACCAGUCACCAGCUGGCUGGACAGUAAGCCGGUUCUUUCCACCUUGACCUCCUCUGUGGGCCUAUUGCUGCCGCCAACACUUCACAGUUUGCCUCCCUUCAUCAAGAAAGAGGAGAGUCACUCUGUAGCUAUAACCAGCCCCUCUGGUUCAGUCCGAAGUGACUCUGGGACAGUGGAGGCGUCUUCAAAGAGUAAUGACUGUGUCUCAGAAGAAGGAGAAGGAGGCACCUUGCCUACCUCAAAUGGGAAAAGUGAAGAGAGCACUCAGCCCGUCAAGUUCUUUGGCAGUGGAAGUUCCGCAGCAGAGAGCAGUGUCGACUGUGCCCCGAUCAACAGCCCUCCCAUGAACACCAACCCGCUGCUGUCGCUCAUGGCUGAGCCGUUCAAAGCCAAGUUUCCCUUUGCCGGGCUUCUGGAGCCCAUGCAGGCUUCUGAGACCUCCAAGCUGCAGCAGCUAGUGGAGAACAUCGACAGGAAGGCGAGCGACCCGAACGAGUGUGUUAUCUGCCAUCGCGUGCUGAGCUGCCAGAGUGCCCUGAAGAUGCAUUACCGCACGCACACGGGCGAGAGGCCCUUCAAGUGCCGUGUGUGUGGCCGGGCGUUUACUACCAAGGGAAAUCUCAAGACACACUACAGCGUCCACCGUGCCAUGCCCCCACUGCGCGUCCAGCACUCCUGCCCCAUCUGCCAGAAAAAGUUCACCAAUGCUGUGGUCCUCCAGCAGCAUAUUCGUAUGCACAUGGGCGGGCAGAUUCCCGACACCCCCCUGCCCGAUAGCUACCCCGAGUCGAUGGGAUCUGACGCAGGCUCCUUCGACGAGCGAAACUUUGAAGACCUGGAGAAUUUCUCUGAUGAGAACAUAGAAAGCAUGGAGGACUUUCCUGACAGCAGCGUCCCUGACACGCCCAGGUCCACGGAGGCAUCUCAGGACAGCCUGUGUUCCUCCCCAGCUCCACCAGAGGUAGGUGCUAUGGCAAACAUGGAGAGCCAGGUCAAGACCCCCCAGGCAGAGCUGUCCGAGGACCUGCAGCAUGGCCAAGCAAGGUCGUCAGAGAACGGCUUGAUUGAGGGUGACCGCCUCACCAAUGACUCGUCGUCCCUGGGGGGCGACGUUGAGAGCCAAAGUGCUGGGAGUCCAGCCGUUUCUGAAUCUACCUCUUCCAUGCAGGCUCCCUCGCCCUCCAGCAGUGGCCCAGUUCACCGCAGGUCGCCCAGUUUUGAAGAGAGGCAGCAGAAGGCCAUGUCUUUUGACCAUGUCGGUACAGGUUCCUUGCAGUCCCCGCCCAGUGGAGCUUUAGACCUGACAUCUUGUAACUCCUCAAAAGACCCUUUGAGCAUGAUGUUCCCUUUUCGUGAGCGCAGCACCUCCAAGAACACGGCAUGCGACAUCUGCGGCAAAACUUUCGCCUGCCAGAGUGCCUUGGACAUUCACUACCGAAGCCAUACCAAAGAGAGACCGUUCAUUUGCACAGCCUGCAACAGGGGCUUCUCGACCAAGGGCAAUCUCAAGCAGCACAUGCUCACCCACCAGAUGCGUGACUUACCCUCACAGCUGUUCGAGCCCUCCAACCCCAGCCCCUCACUCCUCUCAUCAGGCUCCCUGGCAUCCAUGAUCAAAACGGAGGUCAACGGCUUUCUUCAUGGCUCUUACCAAGACUGCAAGGAGCCUGCGGUGAGCUUGGUGACCUCGCAGUCUGCAACGUCCCCACCAGUGCUAUCCUCAGCUCCACCCCGCCGAACGCCCAAGCAACACUACUGCAACACAUGCGGCAAGACGUUCUCAUCUUCGAGUGCGCUACAGAUCCACGAGAGGACACACACUGGGGAAAAGCCGUUUGCGUGCACCAUCUGUGGCCGAGCUUUCACUACCAAAGGCAAUCUCAAGGUUCACAUGGGAACACACAUGUGGAACAGUGCUCCUGCAAGGCGUGGCCGUAGGCUCUCCGUGGACGGCCCCAUGGCCUUCUUGGGCACCAACCCUGUUAAGUUUCCUGAGAUCUUUCAGAAGGACGUGGUGACGAGGGCUAGCAAUGGGGACCCUGCGGGCUUCUGGAACCAGUAUGCCGCAGCAUUUUCUAGCGGCCUGGCCAUGAAGGCCAACGAGAUCUCCGUCAUCCAGAACGGAGGCCUGCCGCCACUCUCCGGCAGCAUGGCCCACGGGGGCAGCUCCCCACUCGGAGGGGGCACGGGCAGCCUGGAGAAGCUUCCGGGAUCUGAGGCCAGUGCCGCGCUUGCCGGUCUUGAGAAGAUGGCCAGUACCGAAAAUGGCACCCACUUCCGCUUCACGCGCUUCAUGGAGGACAACAAAGAAAUCGCGACCAACUAGCUCACGGACAUUCCCACGACUGGCAGAGAAGGGACAGAGGCUGUUUGGGCCUGCUUUAGAAAUUGAAUUAACUUUUGUACAAUGUACAACACGUUACAGUUUUAAGGAGCUUAUUUAUUAGUGAUUGUAACCUUGCUUGGAUUCGAGAUGAAGCGUUAACCGUUUUAGUUUUCUGUUCUAUGGCCAGGAUGGGUUUGUAUGAGUGCUUAAAAAUGUGCUUUCGAAACUUAGCAUUUGCAACCAUAUCUGGGUAGAUUGGCAUUAAAUUAUUUUAUUUUAUAUAUGUAGUAUAUAUAAAUAUAUAUAACAUAGCCUUUGAUGUUCAUGUAAUGUGUUAGGUCUAAUAAACGAGAGAAGACUGUAAAUAUUGUACACUUCUGUGCUGGAAAACCUGCUCGCUUUGUAUCGUUUUAUCUUUCUUCCAUGGAAAUAAUUGUGACUGCAGGAGAAGGUUUACACCGCUGAUUUUUUUAAAUUAAUCCCCCGUCAACAGUUUUUCUCCUUUGUUGAAUACUAAAGCAGCUCUUUCAGUUUCGAAAAUUAACCUGUGUUCCCUUGAACAAAUGUUCUCCAUAUGUACUUUAAUCCUUAACUUUUUGUAGCGUUGUUUCUUUUUUUUUGUCUCUGAUUUUGGAUGUAAUAUGAAAAGCAGGGCCACUGUUUGAGGAGCGUUUCAGUCUCUUUUGUCUUCAAAGGUCAACUGAAAAGACAAUAAAUGCCUUGUGGGUAUUUCUCAUGUAGUGACAGUCCCCUUUCCUGCUGUAUUCCAGUAUCUUCCUAUACAUCAUAUGCAUAUUCAAGUGUGCUCCUGUAAACUGUAAAUAAUGUCAGACCUUGAACGACAUGGUCCCUUAAGUUAUGUACAUACAAUCCCCAGAAAGUAAAGUUCAUCUUGACAGGGGACUUUUUUUAAAAAAUAUAUGUAAAUGAGAUUUGGAAACUUAUGCACUUUCUCGGAAAGUUGAGAGCUCAUUAUGGGGUCCAUUUUUCACUACCGUUUAAUACAUACUAACAAAUAAGAGACUGUAAUUCAUUAAUGAUCAAAUACAGCAGUUUUCCAAAAUAUAGUGUGUUCCUGUCUUCUUAUAGGUACCUUUCAUAUAGGAUAUUCUGAGCACACCACAGCUGGAUUUUGCUGUCAUGUAUUUUUAAAUUUAGCUGGGAUUUUCCAGUAUUGUUUCUAAUCUGCUUCGCAGAAAUGGGAGAACUGCGGCACAUCUUUUAGCAAUAUCUUUUAAAUAGGUAUUGCUUAAGAGCAGCCAGUGUAAAGAAAUUUCUUAUGCCCUCAAACAGCCCACAAAUGAAGCACUAACUGAUCACCUUGAUUGUAGAGACAAACCGAUGGCGAUGCUGAAGCCAGGUGUGUAUUAUUCCCAUUGGAGGAAACGUUGGGAAUUUCUUUUUACAUUAUGGAUCAUUGGAGAUCCCACAAUGUUUUUUUUUCCUUUUUUUUUUCUUUUUCACAGUAUUUGUACUAAAGACCUGUGCAGCCCAUAAAAGGGUUUAUUCUGAAUGCAUCUGAUUUCCAUAAGAAACAAACCUAAAAUCUUAUGUAUUCCAAAGGUUGAAGUGCAGGCAUGUUAUACAUAAGAAAAUAAAAGUAUGUUUAGACUUAAAAUUGUGAGAAUUAAUUGUCAAGCAAUGACUUAAAAAUUCUAAACAAAAGGUGUGUAGAUAUUUAAAUUUAAUGUAUAAAAAACUUACAUUAUAAGUACCACUGCUUGCAUCAUCCCCCGCUGUCCAUAAUAGU